GUUUUCACCAUACUGAAUCUUGAAAUUUUUCAAAAUAAAAUGCAACUUAUUGUAAAAAUCCAUCUUUUUAGAAGUCCUUAUACAAUUUGCCAUAUAACUGAACACAACGUUGUUUUACCCGGUGAAUAUUUCAAAUGUAUUGGAAUAAAUUUUGCCUCUGGAGAUCGAAAUGAUGAAUACUUAGAUGAAGACAAUAAAAUUCCAAUAGAAAAUGAGAACAAAUUAAACCGAAAAACCUUAGGAUUCAAAACGACUGCUUUAUUUUUACAACCUUUCAUAAGAGAAUGUAUGAAUUCUGAAGUAUACAGAAGAAAUGUAAUAAGAUAUUUAAAUGAAGUAAGCGGUAAUAGUGGGACAGUCUUCUUAAAAUUAAUUCUAGAACCACCGGAUAUGGAAGUAAUUGAUUAUGUAUGGAAUGAUCAUUUACAACAUUUGCUACGGACAAGGAUAGAAAUAGAAAAUGCAUUCGCUUGGUUGUCCACAUUAGGUGGGGCAUAUUCAGCCCUGGGUGAUUACUUUGAACACUGUGCGGAAGAAGCAGGCAGAAUAUCAGUAAAACAAUACAGGCUGUCAAAAAUGCUGGGCGAUGAAAGUUUGUGUGCUCGAAGUAGGCUGUAUACAGCUCUUGCUUUCUCACAGAAAGGAGAUCUCAAACUAUCCAGACAUAUUGUUAGAUCAGUCAAUGAUUUUGCUAAAACAACUAACGACAAACGUCUAAAUAGAAUGUGCCAAGGUGUGUGGGCCAAGUUGAAGUAUCUGAGGCAAUUGAAGAAGAAUCCUGACCUAUAUAAAAUGAAUGGGACUAUGGAAAGUGUGGGGUGUGGAGGUAGCGUGUAAAUAAAUGUUUAUUUAUUGUUUUGUUAA